UAAAAAAUUUGCAAAGGAAGAACCCAUAGGUAUUGUAUGUAGAGAGAGAAAAGAAGAGAGAGAGAGAUUGUAAAUGUGACUCUUGUGAUAUAGAGAAAGACCAAGCCAACCCAAAAUCAAACCCUAGAUUUCUUUUUCUUCCUACUGAUUAGUUUUUUCUUUUCUUUGCUGUUUUUGUUUUGAUUUUUGUUCCAAUCUUGUACCGGAUAAAGAUUCAAUUUUGUUCUUCAAAGCUGGGUCAAGAUCUUGCGAAAAUAUAGUCAUUUCACGAAGGAACCAAUCUUGAGUCUGGUUUAGAAUUCGGAGAUCUUGUGGCGUGUUGUUUGAGUUGAGGUUAUUAACAAGAAGUGGUUAAAAAUGAUGUCAAGAUCGUAUACCAAUCUUCUGGAUCUAGCUUCUGGUAAUUUUCCUGUCAUGGGCCAAACUCGUGAAAGGAAAAGAUUAACAAGAGUAAUGACCGUUCCUGGUGUCAUUUCUGAGCUUGAUGAUGAUCAGGCUAAUAGUGUGAGCUCGGAUGUACCAUCCUCGGUUGUUCAAGAUCGUGUUAUAAUUGUAGCGAAUCAGUUGCCUGUAAAAGCUAAGCGCAGACCCGACAAUAAAGGGUGGAGUUUUAGUUGGGAUGAGGAUUCUUUGUUAUUACAGUUAAAAGAUGGUUUGCCUGAAGACAUGGAAGUUUUAUAUGUGGGAUCGUUGAGAGUAGAUGUUGAUUUGAGUGAACAAGAUGAUGUGUCACAGCUUUUGUUGGAUAGGUUUAAGUGUGUGCCAGCAUUUUUACCGUCAGACAUUCUAGCAAAGUUUUAUCACGGAUUUUGUAAGCAGCAUUUGUGGCCGCUUUUUCAUUAUAUGCUUCCGUUUUCAGCUACUCAUGGGGGAAGGUUUGACCGGUCUUUGUGGGAGGCAUAUGUGGCAGCAAAUAAGAUUUUCUCUCAACGGGUGAUUGAGGUUAUAAACCCAGAAGAUGAUUAUGUUUGGAUUCAUGAUUAUCAUUUGAUGGUGCUCCCUACCUUCUUGAGAAGAAGGUUUAAUAGAUUGAGAAUGGGGUUUUUCCUUCACAGUCCAUUUCCUUCCUCAGAGAUAUAUAGGACUUUACCUGUGAGGGAAGAGAUUCUUAAGGCACUUUUGAAUUCUGACCUUAUUGGUUUUCAUACUUUUGAUUAUGCUCGGCAUUUUCUUUCUUGUUGUAGCCGCAUGUUGGGUUUGGAAUAUCAGUCAAAGAGAGGUUAUAUUGGGUUGGAGUAUUAUGGAAGGACUGUUGGGAUAAAAAUCAUGCCUGUUGGAAUUCACAUGGGGCAGAUUGAGUCUGUUCUAAGACUUGCAGAUAAGGAGUGGAGAGUAGAGGAGCUGAAACAACAGUUUGAAGGAAAGACUGUGUUGCUUGGUGUCGAUGAUAUGGACAUAUUUAAAGGCGUUGACUUGAAGCUAUUAGCAAUGGAACAUAUGCUGAAGCAGCACCCAAAGUGGCAGGGGAGGGCAGUAUUGGUACAGAUUACAAAUCCUGCUAGGGGAAGAGGAAAAGAUCUUGAGGAAAUUCAGGCUGAAAUACAUUCAACCUGCAAGAGAAUCAAUGAUACGUAUGGCCAGCCUGGUUAUGAACCAAUUGUGUUCAUUGACAGGCCGGUAUCUCUCAGUGAAAGAGCUGCAUAUUAUACCCUUGCUGAGUGUGUUGUUGUCUCCGCUGUAAGGGAUGGGAUGAAUCUUACCCCAUAUGAGUAUGUUGUGUGCAGGCAGGGAGUCUCUGGAUCAGAGUCCUCUUCUGAAUCAAGUGGACCGAAGAAGAGCAUGCUAGUAGUAUCAGAGUUCAUUGGAUGCUCCCCUUCACUUAGUGGUGCAAUUCGGGUUAAUCCAUGGAACAUUGAAGCAACAGCAGAGGCAAUGCAUGAGGCAAUUUCGAUGGCUGAUGCUGAGAAGCAGUUGCGGCAUGAGAAGCAUUAUAGGUAUGUUAGUACACAUGAUGUGGCAUACUGGGCAAGAAGCUUCUUCCAAGAUAUGGAAAGGACUUGUAAAGAUCAUUUCAGAAGACGUUGUUGGGGAAUUGGUCUUAGCUUUGGUUUCAGAGUUGUGGCACUUGAUCCAAAUUUCAGGAAGUUGUCAAUUGAUGCACUUGUUUCUGCAUUUUUAAGGUCCAAAAAUAGAGCUAUACUGUUCGAUUAUGAUGGAACUGUAAUGCCCCAAAACUCUAUCAACAAGGCCCCUAGCCAAGAAGUUAUCUCAAUCAUAGAUACUCUUUGUGAUGAUCCCAAGAACACUGUAUUUGUUGUUAGUGGAAGAGGAAGGGAAAGUUUAGGCAAAUGGUUUGCUCCGUGCAAAAAACUUGGAAUUGCUGCCGAACACGGUUACUUCGUGAGGUGGUCUGCAGAUGAGGACUGGGAAGUUUGUGGGCAGAGUGCUGAUUUUGGGUGGAUGCACAUUGCUGAGCCUGUUAUGAAAUUGUAUACUGAAUCUACUGAUGGUUCUUCAAUUGAGACCAAAGAAAGUGCCUUGGUCUGGCAUCAUCAUGAUGCAGACCCAGUUUUUGGAUCUAGUCAGGCCAAGGAAAUGUUAGACCAUCUUGAAAGUGUACUAGCAAAUGAGCCUGUUGCUGUAAAAAGCGGUCAAUUCAUUGUAGAAGUAAAGCCACAGGGUGUCAGUAAAGGUCUGGUUUCAGAAAAGAUCUACACAUCAAUGGCAGAGAAAGGAAGGCAGGUUGAUUUUGUACUUUGUAUUGGCGAUGACAGAUCUGAUGAAGACAUGUUUGAGAUCAUAGGCAAUGCGGUGACAAAUGGUGUCCUCUCAUCUAAUACAUCUGUAUUUGCGUGCACUGUUGAACAAAAACCAAGCAAAGCCAAGUACUAUCUGGAUGAUACAGCAGACGUUGUAAGCAUGCUUGCCGCACUUGCAGAUGCUUCAGACCCUCCAUCCUCUCCGGAUGGGUCACCUAGAUCCAUUUGAAACUUUUCCUUGGUAAGAGCAAUCAGGGACAUACCGGACUCAUUUAUGGAGAUUGACUUGGAAGUGAAUCAAAUACUCAAAUAAUUGUUCAUCACAUACAUGGAAAGGCAGCAAGCUUAUCCUUAGCAAUUGUUAGGUAAAUCAUGUAGGUGACAUACUUUUUUUCUUAUUGGUGUUCAGGCAUGGUAAGUGAGACUUUGAUGGUCGGAAAUGGAGUUAUGGUGGUAGCAAAAAAACAGUUUUUUCAACUGUUGGGCACUUUUUUGUUUUUCCUUCCUG